AUGCCCCAACCUCGACAAGCAAUGUCCGGAAUAGACUCUGUAUCAGACUACAUAUCUGAGGCCGCCCAAGAGCACAUCAACAUCGACUUAAUCACACUCACGAACCAGAUCGAGUCGCCGCUCCUACUUCUCCCAGCUGAGUUGCGCAACAGCAUCUAUACCCUUUUCUGCGACACAGUUGCUGUAAAAAAGAACAGUCGACCGCCAGUAUUUCACAUCACUGGGAGUGGAGCCGCUCUACAGCAUACUUGCCGACAGAUUCGCAGCGAAGCAUCGCUUUGCGCCAAAACUCCUACCCAACUCUGCAUGCUACGUUACGCCUACCCGGGUCUAAUUGAGACCAAGCGGUGUGUUGCACUGCAGACGAUUGAAAUGGACGACUGGUUAUGA